UUUUUUUACGUAAAAUAAUUGCAUCAUUUUGUGUUGAAAACGAUUUGCUUUUCAUGCUAAUCAAUUAAGUUUGACGGAUUCUCUUUAAUUAUAACGUGCCGACGAAGUAUGUAGCCAAUUUUGAAUAUAAUAAGUUAAUCUUGAAUCUGUAUUUAAUUUCUCAGAAUAUAGUGAACAAAGCUAGGAGAACAUAGAGGGUUUCAUUUUAGGGCAAUAAGUUGAAACAUAUAUCGCAUAGUCAAACAAUGUCGACUAGGCUGUUCAUGAAAACUCGGAAGGAGAAGAUUCUUGCAGUGGUGGUUGUGAUUUUAGUUAUUCUGGCGGUGGCUCUCCCCAUUUACAUUAACUCUAUUAAACCCGACACUGGCGACUCAGGUGACAGAGGACUUCCUGUAGCGUCAGCUGCCGCUCAACAUCCGGCAGCCACUACUGGUUUACAAAAUGCAGCAUACAAAAGCAACGGUUCAUUGAUGUUUGAAAACAGAUCUUUUUUACUAAAUGGAACAAAACUGCGCAUCAUCAGCGGAGCAAUGCAUUAUUUUCGAACGUUUCCGGAGGACUGGCCGGAUCGACUACGGAAGUUGAAAGCAUGCGGAAUGAAUACUGUGGAAACGUAUGUUCCUUGGAAUCUGCACGAAGAAAAUCCCGGAGAAUUUAACUUCAGUGGAAUUUUGGAUGUCAGACAGUUUCUCCAGCAAGCACAUCAAUUGGGACUGUACGUUAUUUUCCGACCAGGGCCAUACAUCUGCUCAGAGUGGGAUUUCGGUGGACUGCCAGCAUGGUUGCUAAGCGACCCGGAUAUGAAGGUGCGAUCGAACUACGAAGGGUACUUGAACGCUUCACGGCGCUACUUUAACGAGCUGCUGCCAAAAAUUGUAGAUCUUCAGUACUCUCGGGGCGGACCAAUCAUCGCCUUCCAGAUAGAGAAUGAGUUUGGCUCGUACAGCGGUGACGUCACGCAUCUACAUGAGAUCAAAAAGAUGUACAUCGAACAUGGACUCCAAGAGCUGUUUCUGACGUCAGACAAUGUGGCUGGGCUUACAGUUGACGUAUUCUACCAACACGCACUUCCAACCGCAAACUUCAAAGACAUCAAGGAGGGACGGCAGUUGUUUGAGCAGAUUCGGAAGUGGAGCCCGGAGUUCCCGCUGAUGGUGACAGAGUUCUGGACGGGAUGGUUUGACCACUGGACCUCCGCACACGACGGCUUAGACGUCCAGGACUACGCCUAUUAUCUUAUGGAAAUCCUUAAGACGGGCGCCUCCGUCAACUUCUACAUGUUCCACGGCGGCACCAACUUUGGCUUCAUGAACGGGGCCAAUCAGGAAUCAACGUACAAACCUGACGUCACCAGCUACGACUAUGACGCCCUGUUAACCGAGAAGGGGGACAUCACUCCUAAAUACUUGAAGACCAGAGAACUGCUGAUGAAAUAUAUCUAUGGGCCACAAGGCAUAACCCUACCGGACAUUCCAGGCGAUUCAAGGGUCAAAGCAUACGGAAAUAGGACAGCAAGUGGAUACAUCCGUUUUGAAACGUUCUUGAGUAGUGUUAAGUCUGUGGAACUCGAGCGGCCAGUACCGAUGGAGAUGUUGCAGACGAAUGGCGAGUACGGGCAGAACUUUGGCUUCACCCUGUACCGAGCAAAUGUGCCCCACACAUCGGCGGUAAUGGCGUUUGCCAAUCUACCUGCAGAUAGAGCACAGAUUUUCGUGAACGGGACUUUGGUUGCCACGCUGGGAUGGAAGGACAAAAAUCAAGCACUUAGGCUGCCAAAACAAGAACACACCGAGGGAUCUGUACGCCUGGACAUUCUGGUGGAGAACCAUGGCCGAGUUAACUACGGAACGGAGGAAUUGGGAGUAUUAAACAACCAGAGAAAAGGGAUUAUUGGCGAGAUGACGAUCGACGGACAGCUCUUGAAGAAUGUUACAGCCUUUGUCCUGGACUUUAAAAACAAGUUCUCGGAUAGCAACGAUUUCGGGGGUACAGACGACGUCAAGGUGCCCGGAAUAUUCAAAACAACACUGAACAUAACUGAUGAACCUUCGGAUACGUUUCUGUUCAUGAAGGGAUGGGGCAAAGGCGUGGUUUUGGUGAAUGACUUCAACAUCGGUCGGUACUGGUCCGCCGGGCCUCAACAGACCCUAUACCUUCCAGGGUCUCUCCUGCGUAAGGGAGACAAUCAG